AAUACAAUUUCAAGGUUUUGACAGUCUCGAAUUUUGUAUAUAUUGUGAUUGCAAGUAAUUAAGCCGGUACUGCGCUACUUUUGUUCAAUUCAGUGAAUAAAAACGGCUGUCUACAUUGUUUUAGUGAAGUGUUUGUGCAUUUUUAACUGAAUUACCUUCACAGCACAUCAAAUAUGGGUGUUACAAUUCUUCAACCCUUCCCAAUUCCGGAAAAUAAAACGGGGCCGAUUAUAAUUGACUAUCUUACAAAGAGAUUGUUGGCAUUGGGAGCCGUACAAACGGGUGGAUUUCUUGUGGAUUGCGAAACAUAUUACUCAAAUCCACCGACAGGCAAUUCGAAAUUGAUUCAUCAAUUGCAUAACUCGGAGCAUCCAACAUCAGUGUUUUCGAUUUUGGAUACGGGCACAAAGCAGAUCCCACUCGUUGCCGAUUCACUCUUCGAUUUGCUCAUUUUGAAAAUGCAACCAGCAUACUCGUCGAAAAAACAAACAAAGAUCGAGUCAAAGGGGCCACGUUUCGAGCUCGGCGAUUUUGUUAUCAAACUUGGCAACGUUACAAUGGCCGGUAUUUCGUUCAAAGGAAUUUUGGUUGAGGUUGAGUAUCGUCCAUGUGUGAUUGCAUCGAAUUGUUGGGAUUUGAUACGUGAAUUCAUGCAAGGUUUCAUGGGCCCCAACGUACCGACUCAAAUUCCAUCUUAUUUUACGGCUCAGUCACAAUCGCCACCUGUCACACAUCCAAAGCAAAAUGAAGUCUAUCAACCGAUGGAUACCGUACAACAGUAUUUGGAACAUUUCAGCAAUUAUCGCAAACAAACCAACGCACCUGUAGCCACUUCACGCUAAUAUCAUUCCAUCCGCCCGAUCGAUUACGAUUUUACUAUUUUGUUAUUGGUUUUGCUUCAUCGGCGGUUUUUUUUUUGCCAUUUAAAUUCACUUCUCAUCUUCAAUAG